UCUGGGGAAGAGAUAGAGGGAAGCAAGUGACAGAACCAAUUAGAGUACAAAUAGUCUCGACCGCAGAGCCUAGCCCACUAUCCCACCUCCCCUUGCUCCAGCGACGCCCUCCGCUUCUCUCGCACUCUCUCUCGCGAGAGCCGAGGGGAAACACACAAGGGGAACUUGAGAGUUUGUGAAGAGCGCUUUCGCACGUGUGAUCGUUUGGCCCCCCGACACCAGGAACUUUGUGGUGAGUGGAGGACUCUUGAGAGCCGAAGUUGACGUGGACUAGUUAACGGUCGCGAUGAUUUGAAGACUCUGUGUUAACGCGGAAGUUUCGUUACGUUGUAGUAACCGAAUUUUGAAUGUAGUUUGCCGGCCGUUUAUGCAGAUAGAGACGGGGAAAUACCUUACUGUUAUGGAGACUUUGAUCAAGAUGGAAAAGCCUGGUUCCCCUGAUAGUCAGACUCAAACUGCGGCCUCCGUCACGCCUUUCUCCAUCGCUGACAUCCUUACUCGUAUGGAGAACCACAUGGAGAACCGCUCCCCUUCAGAUCUGCGAACCACUCCGGACCACCACAGGAGCCUCGGAGACCUUCGAAGCUCCCCAAGCCUGGGUUUCAGGCCUGUUUCGAUCCUCAAAUAUAACUCUCCCUCUCCCAUGGAUCUCUCUAAGGACUCCACGCACCAAGAAGUGAGUUCGUCGAUGGAACCGUCGCCAGGAGAACCCAUAAGAACCUCCAUCCGGUCCACGGGGGGUAGAGAGGCGACGUCGUCUCCUGAAGGCUUCAGCUUACUCGGUAGGAGAAGCAGGUCGACUUCGCCCUGUUCGGAGAUGAGCAUGGAGGAGGUAGACACCGAACACAGCGAUAGGGAAGACAUCGUUCUCGCCUCCGCUCAGGACUCCGUUAGCACCGAAGGGAAAGGAGACGCAGGAGAGAGCGAACGAGCGCCAAGGAAGAAGCGAUGCCGAGCGGCGUUCAGUCAUGCGCAGGUAUUCGAACUGGAGAGGCGAUUCGCUCACCAGCGGUACCUAUCGGGGCCCGAGAGAGCCGACCUGGCCCAGGCCCUUAAACUCACCGAACAACAGGUGAAGAUCUGGUUCCAGAACCGCCGGUACAAGACUAAGAGGAAGCAGUUGGUGGCCUGUGAACCGCCCUCUUCAGGCAGACGCGUCGCAGUUAAGGUAUUGAUGCGAGAUGACCAGUUGCUCCACGGACCUGAGGAAGGUCUCCCAAGACCUCCGCUGCUCCUCCCGUCUCUAGCCUCUCUCAGCACCCUCAGCUCCCUCAGCUCACUCAGCUCAUUGGGCAUUCCCCCCUACUGCUACUACCCCUACCUCUGUCCGCCCCCUCACGCUGCAAGCUCCCCUCUCUCACCUCUCACACACCUGCCUCAACUCUCAGCUCUCUCUCCAGCUUCUCUCUCCUCUCUCUCCUCUUCUCUCUCCUCUCUCACCUCCUCUCUCCUGCCCCCCCAUGCCCACUCCGCAGCGCCCUCUCCCACUCCAGUGGUCUCUACCAGUGGUGGAGGGGUGGCGAGACGCACUCCACAACCCCCCUCCCCCCCUCGCCCUUGAGUCUAGAGACACCCCAUCACUCCCCACUGACAACUGAGAUGCCCCAUCACUCCCCACUGACAACUGAGAUGCCCCAUCACUCCUCACUGACAACUGAGACUCCCCAUCACUCCCCACUGAUAACUGAGAUGCCCCAUCACUCCCCACUGAUAACUGAGAUGCCCCAUCACUUCCCCACUGAUAACUGAGAUGCCCCUUCACUCCCCACUGAUAACUGAGACGCCCCAUCACUCCCCACUGACAACUGAGACGCCCCAUCACUCCCCACUGACAACUGAGACUCCCCAUCACUCCCCACUGAUAACUGAGAUGCCCCAUCACUUCCCCACUGAUAACUGAGAUGCCCCAUCACUUCCCCACUGAUAACUGAGACGCCCCAUCACUCCCCACUGACAACUGAGACGCCCCAUCACUCCCCACUGACAACUGAGUCUCCCCAUCACUCCCCACUGAUAACUGAGAUGCCCCAUCACUUCCCCACUGAUAACUGAGAUGCCCCUUCACUCCCCACUGAUAACUGAGAUGCCCCAUCACUUCCCCACUGAUAACUGAGACACCCCAUCACUCCCCCACCGACAACUGAGACGCCCCAUCACUCCCCACUGACAACUGAGACGCCCCAUCACUCCCUACUGACAACUGAGACACCCCAUCACUCCCACUGACAACUGAGACACCCCAUCACUCCCCACUGAUAACGGAGACGCCCCAUCACUCCCCACUGACAACUGAGACUCCCCAUCACUCCCCCACUGACAACUGAGACGCCCCAUCACUCCCCACUGACAACUGAGACACCCCAUCACUCCCCACUGACAACUGAGACACCCCAUCACUCCCCACUGACAACUGAGACACCCCAUCACUCCCCACUGACAACUGAGACACCCCAUCACUCCCCACUGAUAACUGAGACGCCCCAUCACUCCCCACUGACAACUGAGACACCCCAUCACUCCCCACUGAUAACGGAGACGCCCCAUCACUCCCCACUGACAACUGAGACACCCCAUCACUCCCCACUGACAACUGAGACUCCCCAUCACUCCCCCACUGACAACUGAGACUCCCCAUCACUCCCCCACUGACAACUGAGACACCCCAUCACUCCCCACUGAUAACGGAGACGCCCCAUCACUCCCCACUGACAACUGAGACACCCCAUCACUCCCCACUGACAACUGAGACUCCCCAUCACUCCCCACUGAUAACGGAGACGCCCCAUCACUCCCCACUGACAACUGAGACACCCCAUCACUCCCCCACUGACAACUGAGACACCCCAUCACUCCCCACUGAUAACGGAGACGCCCCAUCACUCCCCACUGACAACUGAGACACCCCAUCACUCCCCACUGACAACUGAGACGCCCCAUCACUCCCCCACUGACAACUGAGAUGCCCCAUCACUCCCCCGCUGACAACUGAGAUGCCCCAUCACUCCCCACUGACAACUGAGACGCCCCAUCACUCCCCACUGACAACUGAGACACCCCAUCACUCCCCCACUGACAACUGAGACACCCCAUCACUCCCCACUGACAACUGAGACACCCCAUCACUCCCCACUGACAACUGAGACACCCCAUCACUCCCCCACUGACAACUGAGACUCCCCAUCACUCCCCCACUGACAACUGAGACUCCCCAUCACUCCCCACUGACAACUGAGACACCCCAUCACUCCCCACUGACAACUGAACCUCAUCCCCACUCCCCCAACACUGGCGUCUCUCUCCAGUGUUGUACUCCAUCAACCAGCCUCUUCUUCAAUCUCCACCCAGCACCACUAUCACCUCCUUCACCAUCAGGAAGGCUUCUCAAGCCUCUGAGUGCUCCAGCGUACCCAAUCAGAAGCCAAGAGACAUUCCCUUCGAUCUGCUCUGAUCGGUAUACACGAAGCCAUAAGCCAUAACGGUACUUGAAGCCUCUGAACUUUCAAAAAUGUCGCUAGAAAUGCUGCAUUUAGGUUUAAAAAUUAGUGUGAGAGCACAAUUGUGCUUUCAGUCUCUUCUGCGCAAGUGCUGUGGAGUUGCAAGCGACGGUUGCUUGUGGCUGAAGCGUGAACAGUCUCGCUAUCUCCACUAGUGACGUGUUUCAGCGAAAGUUUGCAAGCAAGAACUAAUCUUCGUUUGACAAUUGUGUUCAGAAACUUGUGUGCAGAAAAGUUUCCCUCACAACGCUUUAUUUACCUAGAUGGAAAAUCUAACCUUAGUGAGGGCUUCAGGUGAGAUAAACUCCUCCUCACUGAGGCAUUAUAUACGAGGAACAUUUAAAUAUCUCUUGAGGACAUAUUUUGAUGAACAAGCUACUUAAUUAAAACGUCGUUUUAAGUGGACAAAUUAGCUUUAUAUGGCCAGUAUAAGUGAAUAGACCUCUUAAAAGCCUCUUGGAAAUGGUCAGAUCUUACCCCUUAGGCCUUUGUAAGUGAAUAAAGACAUAUUCUCUGUGAGAUUUAACAAAGUGGAUCGGUGAAUUCCUUCAUUGAAAAAUGUGUUCAAGAACACAGGUGACAGGUGAGUGUAUGCAUGGCGAGGAGGACUUAAGAUGAAGAGGUUAAGUCCUCAAGACACCAUCAACACUCUGGAACUGACGUCACCUCACUCGUAACAUCCUUACAAUGUACAUUAUACAUUGUACAGGAGAAUAUAGUGAAUAGACCACAUGCUACACAAUUAAGAAAAAAUGCAUAACAAAUAUGUAUAAUAUAAUGACUCUGACAAUACAUACGAUCAACACAUUGAAUUAUCAUAUAAGUUUUUUCUUUAGAUGAAAAUAAAUUUUAUCUUACUGUAGAUAUUGUUUUAAAUUGAGGAGAAGUGAUGUUUAUAGUUGACAGGAACUGUGGCAUAGUUGACAGGAACUGUGCCAUAGUUGACAGGAACUGUGGCAUAGUUGACAGGAACUGUGGCAUAGUUGACAGGAACUGUGGCAUAGUUGACAGGAACUGUGACAUAGUUGACAGGAACUGUGCCAUAGUUGACAGGAACUGUGACAUAGUUGACAGGAACUGUGACAUAGUUGACAGGAACUGUGCCAUAGUUGAGAGGAGCUGUGGCAUAGUUGACAGGAACUGUGGCAUAGUUGACAGGAACUGCGACAUAGUUGACAGGAACUGUGCCAUAGUUGACAGGAACUGUGGCAUAGUUGACAGGAACUGUGGCAUAGUUGACAGGAACUGUGCCAUAGUUGACAGGAACUGUGGCAUAGUUGACAGGAACUGUGCCAUAGUUGACAGGAACUGUGCCAUAGUUGACAGGAACUGUGCCAUAGUUGACAGGAACUGUGACAUAGUUGACAGGAACUGUGGCAUAGUUGACAGGAACUGUGCCAUAGUUGACAGGAACUGUGCCAUAGUUGACAGGAACUGUGACAUAGUUGACAGGAACUGUGACAUAGUUGACAGGAACUGUGCCAUAGUUGAGAGGAGCUGUGACAUAGUUGACAGGAACUGUGCCAUAGUUGACAGGAACUGUGCCAUAGUUGAGAGGAGCUGUGACAUAGUUGACAGGAACUGUGCCAUAGUUGACAGGAACUGUGGCAUAGUUGAGAGGAACUGUGCCAUAGUCGAGAGAAACUGUGGCAUAGUAUUCCAGCCUCACUGUACCAAAGAUAUUUUGCCCCGUGUGAAACAGCGGAUCGACAAGCAUUCGAUCCCGUGUUUUUUUUUUUAGUGUUUUGCUCUUAAGAGUUAAGUGACGUGAGUGGGCAGAGAGAGAGAGAGAGUGGUGAGUGAGCAGGCAAUUUAUUCGUGAUUAAUUCCUUGGUGUUCACACCUACUUGUCCCUUCAAGAGUCGUUUCACCAUCUUGAGAUAUCUGUGGUUUGGUCAUUACACCCACUCGGAAGUGCUCGUUAAACCAUAUAUAUUAUUUUUCCACCAUGCUCUCAAAUACAAGGAAAGUGGAAUGUAGAAUUCCUCUUGGGAAGGUAAUUAGGCUGUUCUGAAAGCUGUUUAAACUGUGAAAUUAAGCUUGUUACAGGAAGCUGCUCUCACUUUUCCGAAGGAAGCUGUGAUCGAUCUCUUGACGAGAGAUACAAACGGAACCUUUUUGGCAAAGGGAAGAGCAUCAUGACUCCCUCCCCAAGGUUAGCUUAGUUCCCUGAGGAAUAUCAGUCAGUUUCACCCAGAAAAAAAAAUGUGAGGUCCCUGUGCCUUCACGAAGAAGACACCAUGACGCGAGCCCCUGGAGGGUGUGUGUGUGUGUGUGUGUGGAAACAUUCCUCAACUCCUGAAGGAGGGGACGACGGUGUUUACACCAAACAUAUCUCUUUUUAAACCAUUAUUAUUAUUAUUAUUAUUAUUCUCCCUGUAUGUUGUAAAAUAUAACCCACUGUUGAUGUUA